CAAGGCUUUCGAUUUUCUUUCUCAUUCUCUCUUCUGGACUUAGCAUACUUAACAUGAUUCAGAUUGUGAAAAGAUGGUCUCGUCCGGACAGAUUGAAGUUCCUUUUCAAGAAACACAACAGUAGAAAUGGUAAAACGCAAGAUGAUCGCUUGAUGAACAAGUCAAAUAUUGUCGAUGAAGAAUACAUGGAAGCCUUUAGGACCAAUUCUUACAUAGAAAUUUGCAGCGAAGUUCAAAGCCAGUUGGCAAGAAAAAGUAUUGAUCGACUGUCCUCGUCUCCCUCUCUUCCACAGCAUCUCUCUCAAGGUGUGCUCGAACCGUGCCCACAAACUCCAACGAAUGUCAAUAAGGGCUCUGCAAACGAUCUUCAUCAAAUUCUAUCUGGUUUCUUCAAAAUUAGCUCUGAGGCAUGCAAAACAUGUGAGUUAAUCUUGAGAAGCAUUCAUGAAACUAGGGCUAAGUACGGUACAAUGAAAAGGGUGCUUAAUCAACUCGAACAAAUAUCAGAUGAUGACCAACAAAAUGAGUUAUACAGGAACCUGGCUUCAUUUGCAUUACUCAGGAACCCGUUAGCCGCUAUUACCCAAGCUCAAUUUCAACACAUUCAUGACGACCUCCAUUCAGCACUCCAAAGAUUCACUUCCAAGAUUAAAAGGAUUAGAAGGAGAAGAAAAUUCAUAAGAUGUAGCAAGAGGUUUGCUAGAGGUACUCUGAUAGCUGCAAGCUGUGCAUUGACUAUUGCCUUGCCAAUACUUGUACUUCAUACUGCAGUAGGCAUAGUAGCUGCACCAGCUCUAGUUGCUUGUUCCUUGGGGGCAUGUAUGAAGCAGAUCAAGCAGACUAAAGAAUGGCUGGUUCCAAAAACUUCCCUUGAAAGAUUUGAAGCUCAACUUGACACUGCUGCUAAAGGUAUCUACUUAAUCAUCAAUGACUUUGACACAAUGAGUCGGCUUAUGACACUGUUACAUGAUGAAGUUGAACACAGUAAAUUCCUAGCGAAUUUAUGCCUUAGGAGAAGAAGCAAUGAGUUACUGAAGGAGGUCAUAAGGGAGUUUCAAAUAAACGAAACCGGAGUACUAGAUGAAUUAGAAGAGCUUGAGGAGAAUGUAUACUUGUGCAUCCUCAACAUUAACAGAUCGAGAAGGUUGCUUGUUGAACAAAUGGAAGUAGGCUAAUCCUAUUAUUCUAGACAGGAUACAUAAUGUGGGGGCACCGGGAUGCUUUGAAGUAUUUUUCUUGUUUGAUACAUUAGAAUGGCAACUCCAGAAGCAGGAUGCUAAAGAAGUGCUCAAGUGAAUUUCACGGAAUAGACAUAUUGACUUAAUGAUUUGAUCAGCCGAGUCGGCACUAAUGUAUCACUAUAUUUUUUUUCCUGGCUUCGUGAGAGAGAGACUGCAAUGUGAAAGGUGAUCCCAGGAAAUCUUGGAUCAAUGAGAGUGACUAAUCAUGCAACUAGUUUAAAGAUAUUAUUAGUUGUCCAAACUCUUGUUUGACUUGAACAUAUUUGUCUUUAGAACUCUCUCAUCUACAUUGAUAUAUACAUUAGAGAACUGCUUUUUAGUUUUCCUUCUUCUUUUCACUUGUCUGUAAAUAGGAUAUUUGGUGGAAAUUAUCAAACAUCUAUUCUUUGGUU